CUAUCAUAGAGAGAGACGGCGUGUUGUGCUGCUUUGGUGGAUUGAGCUGCAGAGCGGCUUGAGGAGACGCUGAGCUGAUCAGCGUUGGUUAAUUUGUCCCUCUCUUUGAACAGUUACGGCCUGAUUAUAGAACCGAUCCUGGUGGGGUACGAAGAAUCUUUACCAAUCAAACCGGAAAAGGAGGUUUUCACUUCCUGUGCUUUGCUUUAAUAGCUGAAAACACUCUGCUGAAAAAGCUGCUUGUCUGCACCCUGGAUAGAGAAGCUCUGUACAGGCCUGGUUCGUCAUGGCCUGCGAAGACCUCUGUCCUCUCCCGGUGACAUUUGCAAGACAGAAUUCCAGCACAGCAGUUUCCCUGGACUUCGUGCCCAAACAGGGGUACUUAUUUGUUGAGCAAUUACAAGACCGCUACAAGUGCGCCAGUUGCCACCUGGUUCUUCACAACCCUCACCAGACAGGAUGCGGUCACAGGUUUUGUGAGAAAUGCAUCUCCAACUUAAUAGACCUCAGCGAAACACCACAAUGUCCAAUAGAUAUGGAAACUAUAAAACCACAUGAGAUAUUCAAGGACAACUGCUGUAAGAGAGAAGUCCUCAAUCUGUUAGUUUACUGCAAAAACUCUCCUGGUUGUGAUGUAAAAGUCAUGUUAGGACGAUAUCAGGAGCACCUGGUGCAAUGUCUGUAUGAAACGACCCAGUGUAGCAAUGAGGGAUGUCACGACAAAAUGCUCCGGAAAGAGUUGAAAGGCCACCUGGAAUCAGAGUGUAAAUUAAGGCCAGAAGCAUGCAUAUACUGCAAGCAAAUCAUGGCUUCCAUCAACCUGACGAUUCACGUAGGCCUGUAUUGUCCAUUGUAUCCAGUCUCCUGCCCAAAUGCCUGCCCUGUCACAUGUCCAAGGGCUGAGCUGGAUAAGCACUUGUAUGUGUGCCCCGAGGCUGAGUUACAGUGUCCUUUCACUAACUAUGGAUGCAAUGUGAAGGUAAAAAGAGGCAAUAUGAAAGAACACGAAGAUACAUUUCUGAGGGAUCAUAUGCUCCAUGUUUUGAACAGGAAUAUGAAGCUAGAAGAACAGGUGCUGGAUUUACAGCAGAACCUGAAACUGAAGGAGCACCAGAUCCAAAAGCUAUCAGACACUGUUAAAUGGUGUGAGAAUGAAUGCAACCAAUUUGGACAAUUUACUGGUAGCAAUGGGAAUCCUCUCUCAAGCACUAUGACUCUUGCCAGUUAUAUUGAUAAAUCUGUGUGGCUGGAAGAACAAGUUCUACAGCUAGUAAGCAAAGAACACAGUCGCUUUGACCUGAGGCCAAUAUUAGACACUCUGGAGACUACCAAGGAGAGGAUAAGCACCAUGGAGACCUACAAGGAUCAUAUUGAUAACCUGGACUGUGAAUUCAAAAAGCACGACAUGUUGCUGAGUAGUCACAAGAUGCAAAUGACUAGCAACGAGGAGCGGUUUAGGCUCUUGGAAGGUACAAGUUACAAUGGCAAACUAAUAUGGAAAAUCGCUGACUAUGAGAGGAAGAAAAGAGAAGCAAUAGAAGGGCGCACUUUAUCCAUAUUCAGCCAGCACUUCUACACCAGCUGGUGCGGUUACCGCCUCUGUGCUCGAGCCUACCUAAAUGGAGACGGCUCAGGAAAAGGUUCCUUUCUAUCGUUAUAUUUUGUGGUAAUGAAAGGAGAGUUUGAUUCCAUCUUACCCUGGCCUUUCAAGCAGAAGGUGACGCUGAUGUUAUUGGACCAAAGUAGGAAGAAGAAUCACAUCACUGACAUUUUUAGAGCUGAUCCCAACAGCAGUAGCUUUAAGAGACCCGACAGUGAGAUGAACAUUGCCUCGGGCUGUCCUCGAUUUGCCUCACACGCACAACUGGAAAACCCAAAGAACGGCUGUUACAUUAAAGACGACACCUUGUUCAUCAAAGUCGUUGUAGAUUUAACAGACCUGGAGGAGGUAUAAAAGAGAACCUAACCUAUAAAUUAUACUGUACCAUAUGAGAAGUCCAGAACUCUGCUAAUGGAAUAAUAUCAAUGUAUUUAACAGACCUGGAGGAGGUAUAAAAGAGAAACCUAACCCAUAAAUUAUACUGUACCAUAUGAGAAGUCCAGGACUCCGCUAAUGGAAUAAUGUCAAUGUAUUUAUUUAAAAUUUCUGUCAUUUAAAAAGUGUUAUUUAAAAUUGUCAUAUGCCAAUAUUAUACCUCAUUCUCUUUAA